AUGGCACUGAAAUGAAGUGGCAUGAGUUGUGCAUAUGAUUUUUAAAUCUGUGGAGAGCUUAAUUGGUACUGCAUCAGAAGCGAGGACUUCCAACUACAACCGUCAUCUUGACAUAGGAAUAGCUCAUUGGCAAUAUUAGGAGCGCAAAUUGACUUGGAAGAUACAUGUCAUGUUCUUUCAUUAUCAUUUGCACAAUAGUUUGAUGCGUGUCUUUGAAUCCUGAUGAGAAAAAUCAUGUUCUUUUAUUAUCAUAUUCAGUUGAGAGUACCCAUCUCACAUUAGUAUUUUCAGUUUGGCAUGGGGCUUUUUGUGUCGAUGUCUCACUGUUUUCUGUCUUAUUUCAACAAAUCUUGGGGAAAUUGGUCGACCACGUGAAUGUGAUGCUUCAGUGUCAUCUGGCUUGUGAUCCUGGUGGGAAUGAAAAUAGAUCAGAAUGCUUUCGAAGUACAUUGCAUGUCAUUAUACGUCAUCAGUCACAGAGAAAGACUCUUAAUCCUUGACAUGACAUGAAUAUGUUCUUAUGCAAACAGAGAGUUAUACCAUUUUCCAAGUUCUAUUAAAGUUGGUUUCCUAGAGCAUCGGAUGUUUAUUAUGUGAUUCUUUCAUUUAUUCAUGCAUAAUAAAAUAGAACUUCAUUCAUUAUUAGCAAAAGUCCCACCCAAAAGCUUAAACUAUUAGUUAUAGGAAGACUCAAUGUAUAUAACCCCUGUUGAAACCCUUUAUUCAACCAGUGUGGAAUAAUACUUCAACGAUUGAUGAUCAUGGCAACUACUCAUGUCUAUGUGGUUUUGAUUGCAUUUUUAGUAGCUUAUGUCCACUUAUUCUGUCAUGGAUUAAUAAGCCACCAAAGACACCAUCAUAACAUUUUUUACUUUUCUCAGAUAUAGGACACUGAUGUUGAGAUGAUGAAAUUCCAUGGAUCUAUAUUCUACUUUGUUUGUCAAUUGAGAUGGUAAUACAUAGGUUUCUCAAUCUGAAGGUGGAUUUAUGGCCUUGAUGCUGUCAAGAGUGACAUUCUGUACGGUGGAAAAACUGGUUACUGAAGUAUGACGAGGAAGAUAUGCGAGGAUAGGGGUGAUGCUACAUUUUGGAGACAUGAGUUCAGUCCGAUGGUUUUAUGUAGAAUCAAGCUGCACAAUUCACAUAUUCAGCUGCUUUCAGGACGGUUAUGAGGUUGUGGUGAGAAGAUGCAGAGCUCUUACAUUGGUGUUUCCGUGUCCCAAUUGGGGUAUGAACAAGUUCGAUUGGUUCUCGAGAGGAUUCAACUUUAGAGAACCAAUGGAUGCAAAUGCUAACAAACAUAGAGGCUAUCUGUUUACCCGUGCCUACGAGUGGAGAUUGAAAAUGGAAAUUGGGGAAGUUCAGAAGUCGAAUCUUAUGGGCACUAAAUUCUCUAUGGACCUCCCUUUCAUAAAUGCCAUUUUGACCGGCUUGCUUAACAAGUGUGGUUAUGCUCAAGUCAUCAAUUCAAAGUCAAGCUCUGAAUGGGGAAUGGCUAAAUAUGGAAAUCUAGUGAAAUUAUACUUCGACGAACCUUGUCCUGGGCUGUUUGACUCUGAGGUAUUAGUGAAAGUGUUUCAAGUUAUUCUGAUAAUCCAUUGUACAUGUCGAAAUGUACCUUACUGUGGCCUGGAAUUAGAGAGGAAGAUGUCACGAGAAGUUGACGAAGGUCUAGUACCAUAAUUUCGAAAAGGAUAGCUUCUGCAACGGGUGUAUUCUUGUCCCUAAGAAAGAUGGUGUCGGAGAGGACAGUGGUUGCAUUGUCUCUUGGGUACGUAAUGAAGAAACAGAUGUGUCCCAGGUUAAGUUCAAGAGUUUCAAUACAAUCAUCAUGUAGGUUUGCCUACCGGUGAUGAUGUUUGAUAUGAUUUUGAAAUUGUGAAAUCUACAGUCUCAGGAUUGAUGCGCAGAAGUUUGAAGGCGAGCCAAUGGAAAAAUCACUCUGCCUCAAAGGGUACCCUAUGGAUUCCAUAGUUUUGUGUUAGCAUUUCCUGCUUAUCAGUAACUACAUCCGCCCCUGGAAAAGUAGAGAGUUAAGAGACUGGCGACCCCGAACCACAUCGCUCUUUAAGCUACUGUACCCAAUAAAAGUCAAGCAUGUCUAUCCACAGACUCUACUAUAAGGCCAUUGGCUGGAAUUUUGCCUACUCAUCAAGUUCUAGAGUUACCUUGUAAAUGUGGUCAAAGACAUAAGGCUAUUUGUACUCAAGUAAUUUAUAGGCUCUUUGACUAUA